AUGACCUCCCCAUUCCCAACAAAUGCAGGAGCUUCCAUGGAUGCUUCCGGUAUCACGGUAGAGAUCAAGGCUCUCGCCAUGAGCGGACAGGAAAACUUUGUUCCCGCCGCAGAAGAGGCGAGCCAAGCUUCGCAUUCUUUCCUAUUGCUGGCGCCGAGCACUUCGACGGGUUACCCCGUGGCUCCAUUGUUCAAAUUACCCGGUGUUAUGACGCCGCGUCAGUGGGUUGAUCAGACGCGUGGUGCACUUGAGCUUGAGGGUGAGAAGGGCGUGGGUGAUGGUGAGGAUGGUCGUGCCAAGAGUUUGGGCGCUGUUGAUCAGGGGUUGGCAAAGGUGUCUAGGAGUGAGAGUAUGAGUAGUGAGGCGAGUAAUAGUACUACUUCUUCUAGUGUGGGGACACAGAAGGGGAUGAGUUCGAUGCGAUUUUUGAAGUUGGGACCGGUUCAUUUUGAUGAGGGUGAUUGGAGUGAGGAGGUGGUGGAGUAG